AUGAAGGGCCUCAACCUGCUCUGCUGCUGCGUGGCCUCGCUGCUGCUCCUCGGCACCGCAGAAGAGGUUGAAGAUGCCAGCGAGCCGACCAAGCGCGACCGGUCCCACUUGGAGAACACCCUGAAGCUCAAUGAGGAGAAACCUGCCGAUGAUGUCUCAGGAGUAUUGCAGCGGCUGAGGAAGAUCUACCACUCCUCCAUCAAGCCCCUGGAGCACUCCUACAGAUACAACGAGCUGAGGCAGCACGAGAUCACAGAUGGGGAGAUCACUUCCAAGCCUAUGGUGCUAUUCCUGGGACCGUGGAGCGUCGGCAAAUCUUCCAUGAUAAACUACCUCCUGGGGCUGGACAACACUCCCUACCAGCUCUACACAGGGGCAGAACCCACCACCUCCGAGUUCACUGUCAUCAUGCACGGCCCCAAGCUGAAGACCAUCGAGGGCAUUGUGAUGGCUGCUGACAGCGCCCGCUCCUUCUCGCCCCUGGAGAAGUUUGGGCAGAACUUCUUGGAGAAGCUGAUAGGCAUUGAGGUCCCCCACAAACUGCUGGAGCGAGUCACCUUCGUGGACACGCCGGGCAUCAUUGAAAACCGCAAGCAGCAAGAAAGAGGUUACCCAUUCAACGACGUGUGCCAGUGGUUCAUCGACAGAGCCGAUCUCAUCUUUGUUGUCUUUGACCCCACGAAGCUGGAUGUGGGCUUGGAGCUGGAGAUGCUGUUUCGUCAGCUGAAGGGCCGCGAGUCUCAGAUCCGAAUCAUCCUGAACAAAGCUGACAGCCUGGCUACCCAGGAGCUGAUGAGAGUCUAUGGUGCCUUGUUCUGGAGCUUGGCUCCUCUCAUCAACGUCACAGAGCCGCCCAGGGUGUACGUUAGCUCCUUCUGGCCCCAUGACUACCAUCCAGAAACCCACAGAGACCUGUUCCUCAAAGAAGAGAUAUCGCUCCUGGAAGAUCUCAACCAGGUGAUUGAGAACAGGAUGGAGAACAAGAUUGCCUUCAUCCGCCAGCAUGCCAUCCGGGUGCGCAUCCACGCCCUGCUGGUCGAUCGCUAUCUCCAGACCUACAAGGACAAAAUGACCUUCUUUAGCGAUGGAGAACUGGUGUUCAGGGACAUUGUGGAAGAUCCUGACAGGUUCUAUAUCUUUAAAUCCAUUCUGGCAAAGACCAAUGUCAGCAAAUUUGACCUCCCCAACCGCGAGGCUUACAAGGACUUCUUUGGCAUCAAUCCCAUCACCAGUUUUAAGCUGCUAUCUCAGCAGUGUUCCUACAUGGGAGGGUGUUUCCUAGAGAAGAUCGAGAAGGCCAUCACCCGUGAGCUUCCCGAUCUCUUGGGAAGCAUCGGCUUGGGGAAGAAGCCCAAUGUCCUCUCCUGCGACGUCACUGGCUGUGGCGAAACCCCAAAGAAUCGCUACAGGAAGCCCUAAGGUGAUCCACAACCCAACUGUCCACGUGUUCCUACUGGUGAAUGAGCUUAUGUCUUAUCUGUCCAAGAAGCCGUGGUUUGUUAACCCUUUGAGUGCCGCGCUGGCAAAGGCUACUGUAUGAUGAGGACUUUGAGUCAUUGACGUCGAUGGCAGGGGAAGAUGGGUGGGCAUAAGGAAGAGAAUAAAAACUGUGAAUUCCUGACAUUUUAUCUUUGUUCUUUUGAGUAGAAGGCAAUGUUUAAGCUGUAAGUAUGAGCAAUGCAUGGGCAGGACUGCAGCUGCUUUUCCACUGGUGCCAAGAGUGCAUGAAGAGGAAUUUCAACCUCUGCAUCCCCGAAGCCAUGAGGGAAUGAGAACAAGGGCACAGCUUGAGAACACAGGGGAGAGCAGUGACACACUAACCCAGGCAUCACCGGGAGCACUGGUCAAGGAAAGAGAAGCCAUGU